UGAGCCAUUGUAGCAAAUGAGCAACAGUGUAGCAAGAAAUAGCGAAAGACAGCCGCACGGCAGAUUUCGGCGCUACUUUGUGAAGCAGAACGUGGCUCACCAGCGAAUGUCGGCAAUGGUACAGGUGUGCGUGUAACAUUCCAGAUAGAGAGAUAAAUAAGAAUUGCAUGACUUAUAAAGACCACUGAGAUCACCAUGACCAUGGACCAAUGGACUAAGUCCUACACAAGUUCAGUCUUCCUCACAGCACUCUUGAUUUCUAUACUCGUUUCGUCCUCGGAAGCCAAUCGCAGGUGCAACCGACCAGGCAGAUACCUUGACUCGGACGGGAAAUGCAGAAGAUGCCCUAUAGAGCAGAGGUGCAAAAUAGGCUUCACCAUCAAAGAAUCGUGCGGCUAUGGCAAGGAACUGCAGUGUGUGAAGUGUCGCGAAGACGAAGGCAAAACGUGCGCGGAGGGAGUGGAGCGGACCUGUAGAAUGUGUCACAAGGAGAACCGAGUAGAGAAACAUCCCUGUACGGUGGACAACCAGGCGGAGUGCGGGGACUGUUUACCAGGGUAUUACAAAGACGAAUGGUUGGAUGAAUGUUUUGACUGCUCUGAAGACAAGAAGAAUCGUCCUGAGUGUAGAACCACUUCUACUACACGGUCAACACCAGCCAAAGCAACAACAGAGUCAAAGAUAAACCCAACAAAAGUGCCACAAAAACAAGCCAGACAUCUUUACGUCGCCAUGACAACAAAGCAAGACCAAGUAGACAAGGCAGCGAAAACAGAUCGACACGUUUUGGAGCACGCGUGGCCGUUGAUGCUGGCUCUAGUGGCAGUGUUCACGGUCAUCUUGGUGAUUCUGAUCGCCGUGUAUUUCUUCAAGACAUGGGGCAGGUCUUGUGGGAGAGGAGGGAGCAACUCAAAGGAAGUAUCACAAUCAAAGAAAAGCUCAUCGCUCCGGAUGAAGGCUCUGGCAGACAUGGCUGUGGUAGAAGACGAGACCGAUCCCAUGACAAGUGUGACACUAAACAACACACGAGAGAAGAGGAAACCUUCGCUCAACACCCAGCUCUCUACAGGACCGUUCCUCCUGGUGCCGGGUACAACAGAGGAGCUGCAGUUCCUCAUGGCUUCUGCAGCCAACUCAGAGGCCAACAGUGCCGUCAGCACGCCUUCAGUUACACCUAGGGGUCUUCAUAAUCAGGGCCUCAGCAACUCAAAUUCCAUGACAACAAUGGAAGACACCAUGGAUCAUUCCGACGACGUCUUCAUCGAGAAUGAAGCGACAGAAGAAUAUAACGCCUUUCAAGGACUUCAGUUACGACUAGACGUGGAGGCAGCUAACCCCACCCCUCUACAGUCUGUUCCUACCAUCCAAAUCACCACUCCUGUGGACAAGCCUAAGAGAGACAGGUCUCCCGUCCCAUCCACAAGCCGGGACUCGGGAAAGUUUGCUGGGACACAAACUACAACUUUUUUCACCGCUGGUCGACAUGAGUCUCUUCAAGGCAACGCCUUUGAACCAACUGAAGACAGCUCAGAUGAGCGUGACCCGCUGAUAGAGGAUGAACAACAGCAUCUUACACCAACCGGUACCACUGUCGACGAGGGGCAAGAUACCAAAUAUAGAGAGAAGCUAGAAACUGCUCUAAGCAAGGGGAAAGAUAUAUCCCUGAAGGAUGGUCUACAGAGUUAUGACAUUGUACAGCGCCUGGCACAAAUCCUGGACCAGGACGGCGUACUGCCCACAGACCCUUCCUACCAGAACGUGUUCCAAGCUCUGGGUGUACCCAGAGACAGGAUUGACAGCUGUCACAAAAACAAAACUAUCACCAGUCCGACGCUGUCCCUCUUGCAGUAUCUAGAGAGCUAUGCCUACAGGUAUGAGAAGCACAUGUCGGAUCUGAUAUCUGUACUUCAUAGGUACGAGUUUUACGAAGCUGUUACGUACUUGUGUGCCCAAGUCAUAAAUUUCAAGCAUGAAACAAGUGACAUGCAUACAGAGGAACAAACAUGUGAGAGUUAA